CGUGCGUGCGUGCGCACGUGAGCGUCCUCUCUGGGGCCAGCGGCUGCGUGAUCGGCGCGAGUCUUGGUGCAUGCAAGUAUCGCUGUUCGCGGCCUUCGUACCACUUCCCCUCCACCGCCGAAGGGCUGGAGGUUAGAUCCGGGAAUGUGUAUCUGAUCAUCUGAAUCAACUAUGUUGUCACACUGCUUGCAAAAUUUCCUAAAAAUGACAAGCCCUCAUCUUCUAUAUUCAAGAUUAUGCCAGCACCUAAUAAAAAGGAAAAGGAGGUUUUUUGUAACUGUGCCAACAUCCAGAUUGCAUAGGCGAGUUGUCAUUACAGGUAUUGGCUUAAUCACUCCUCUUGGUGUUGGAACUCAACUGGUAUGGGAUCGUCUUAUCCGUGGAGAGAGUGGAAUUGUUUCACUGGUUGGUGAAGAGUACAAGAGUGUCCCUUGCAGUGUUGCUGCUUAUGUGCCAAGAGGUUGUAAUGAAGGUCAAUUCAAUGAACAACACUUUGUGUCCAAAUCAGAUAUCAAGGCCAUGUCUUCUCCCACCAUCAUGGCCAUUGGGGCUGCAGAGUUAGCCAUCAAAGAUUCCAGCUGGUGUCCUCAGACAGAAGCUGAUCAGGUGGCCACUGGUGUUGCAAUUGGCAUGGGAAUGGUUCCUCUUGAAGUUAUUUCUGAAACUGCUUUGGUAUUUCAGACAAAAGGCUACAAUAAAGUCAGUCCAUUCUUCAUCCCUAAGAUUCUGGUCAAUAUGGCAGCAGGUCACGUCAGCAUUCGGUAUAAACUCAAGGGACCCAAUCAUGUUGUAUCCACAGCCUGUACCACAGGAGCUCAUGCUGUGGGAGACUCUUUUAGAUUUAUAGCCCAUGGUGAUGCCGAUGUGAUGGUGGCUGGAGGUACAGAUUCUUGCAUUAGCCCUUUAUCUCUUGCUGGAUUUUCCAGAGCACGGGCCCUGAGCAUGAACUCAGAUCCUAAGUUGGCAUGUAGACCAUUUCAUCCAAAGAGAGAUGGCUUUGUAAUGGGAGAAGGUGCAGCUGUGCUCGUGCUGGAAGAACAUGAACAUGCUGUUCAAAGAGGGGCCCGGAUAUAUGCAGAAAUUUUGGGCUAUGGACUCUCAGGUGAUGCUGGUCACAUAACUGCCCCGGAUUCUGAAGGAGCAGGUGCCUUGAGAUGUAUGGUUGCUGCUAUAAAAGAUGCAGGCAUUCACCAUGAAGAGAUAUCCUAUAUCAACGCACAUGCCACUUCCACACCUUUGGGAGAUGCUGCUGAAAACAAAGCUAUCAAACAUCUUUUCAAAGACCAUGCACCUGCCCUUGCAGUUUCUUCAACUAAGGGAGCCACGGGACAUCUGCUAGGAGCUUCAGGGGCGGUCGAAGCAGCUUUUACUGCUCUGGCUUGUUAUUAUCGAAAACUACCACCUACUUUAAACCUGGAUUGUACAGAACCAGAAUUUGAUCUCAAUUAUGUACCACUAAAGGCACAGGAAUGGAAAUCUGGGGAAAGAUAUAUUGGACUUACCAAUUCCUUUGGUUUUGGUGGUACUAAUGCAACACUUUGUAUUGCUGGUAUGUAGGACAAUUUAUUUAUAAUUAAACAUUGACUUUUUAAAAUGGUAUAAACAAAUAAAAUAGGUGAAAAAAUAAUGUGUUUAUAUAAAUAUAUAUGUAUAUGUAUAUCUCAAUACUCAACAGCUUUAUCAAUGUUAGGCUUUCUCAACCAUGCACUAUUGACAUUUUGAGUCAGAUAAUUCUUUUUUGUAGGAGUGGGAGCUACCUGUGCAUGAAAGAUGUUUGGUAGCAUACGUGGUCUCUGUACAAUAGAUUCCAGUAACUUACCCUCUCCCCUCCUCAGUUGCGACAACCAAAAAUGUGUCUAGAUAUUACAUAAUGUCCCAUGACGGGUAAAAUCAACUCUGAUCUGUGUUUUCCUUGAUCAGAUUAUAGGUACUGUAGGUUAAACAACUCUUUAUAUCAUUUUAUAUGCUCUUGUCCCAUUCACAUUUAUUGAGGAGCUCCUCUGUGCUAGGCAGUAUACAGGGAAGGAAUACAAUA